UACCGCGAUAUUACGGUUAACCGAACUGCAGCUGUAAUAGCGGUGUUGUUGUUAUGUGCACGUUUUCACGUUCGGACAGCACACGAGCGCACGGUCGCGGUAGACACACAUCGGAUUCCUGAGCGAUCGGACGACGUUCGUCACAGUACACGCGCGAUUACCGCAACACCCGGUAUCAUCAACCGAUCAUUUUGCUGCUCCCGCGACCACAGUCGUACACCAGUAUUCCCUUACAGAUUGUUCCUUCGCACCCCGUGUGUUACGGUACGUGCACGCGGACGUCGAUAUGAACGCAAUCGUUUCGUUCGCGCUGUUGUUCAACUAGCCGUUCGUCAGUUCUUGCAGUUCACGGCCGGUCCUUUUCCGCCCCUCGGUUCCAUUCAUUUCGUUUUUAUGGACUCGAGUGCUUGACGACGAUGAUGUACUGUCGAACACCGGAAGACGUUGAAGUACACUGACCGUUCGUUUCGCGCGGCGAUAGCGGAUCGACACACGCGAGCCCCGCGAAAACAAUAACAAAUGCGUUGGACGCCGCUUGUAGUAGCGUUCAGCGGAUGAACACGAGGAGGCGCACGUGUCACGGCGCGCACACCUAUAGCGUUACGACCAUGUCGGCGGUCCAGGCCGUUACGGUAUUCGCAACGACGACGACGACGACGACGACGACGACGACGACGACGACGGCGACAACGGUACCGGAAACGCGGUAACGGCGGUGACGGUCGCCGCGCUUAGAGUUAGUAUCAGGUACCCGCGAGUUGGCGCGCACGCGUAAAAAGGCGGACUCGUUGGGCGAAAUGGUACGCGUCCGGCGUCCGGGACCAAUGAUCGGCACGUGACCCGUGACGACCGUGGUAGACGAGCGACGACCACGACAACGGCGGCGCAACAGGUCACGACGAAUCGGUCCGCCAGUGCGCCCGCGGCAGUUUGCAAGAUGCGGUCGUCCGCCGCGGUGACGACGACGACGACCAACUCGCCGAAGCCGACCACGACGGUGUUCGCAGCCACCGCGCUGCUGCUCUUGGUCUUCGCGAGACCGACUCAGGCGAUCGGACAGCUGCAGGGCCAGUACAACGGCCCGUACCCGGACAUAUGUCCCAGUGAUAUUUAUUGUCAUGGUGAACUUUUGGACGAUGUACAAAUGCAACAAUUGUAUCCAGAUUCAAAAACAUUCGUGGAUAAAAAAUUACGCCGAAGCGAAGCAGAAAUUGUAAAAGCGUACAGGGAAUUAAAACUCCGAAAUAACGGUCGUGUCCCAACACGAGCUGUACUUUCCAAGUUUGUUAAUGACAAUUUUAAUGACGACCCAUUGGUCGAGUGGGUACCACCAGAUUUUGUUAAUAAUCCCUCGAUUGCUUCUUUUGUCCAGGAUCAAAAUUAUAAGAAUUGGAUUUUACAAUUAAAUCAAAUUUGGAAAAAAUUGUCCCGAAAGGUGGACGAAGAUGUCAAAAUAAACCCCGAUCGGCAUUCAUCCAUUUACUUACCGAACGGAUUUUUCAUAGCUGGUGGAAGGUUUACCGAACUUUAUUAUUGGGAUUCGUAUUGGAUCAUAAGAGGAGCAAUACUGUGUGACAUGAAAGAUUCUGCCAGAGGAAUCAUUCAAAAUUUCCUGUAUUUAGUGCACCGUUUUGGAUAUGUACCAAACGGAAGUAGAAUUUACUAUUUAAUGAGAUCUCAGCCUCCACUUCUAAUCCAAAUGGCCGCAUCUUAUUAUACAUAUACAGAUGAUUUGGAUUUUAUUAAAAAAAAUAUUCAAUAUUUGGAAGCGGAAUUCAAUUUUUGGAUGACAAACCGAACAAUAAAGGUUGAAAAAGCAGGUAAUACUUAUGUAAUGGGGCAGUAUAAUACGCAUACCAGAGAACCACGCCCUGAAUCGUAUUACCAAGAUAAGACAUUGGCAAUGCCUUUUCCAAGUGAAGAUGAUAAAAAUGAAUUGUAUUCCAGAUUAAAAGCUGCUGCAGAAACUGGUUGGGAUUUUUCUACCAAACAUUAUAACAAUUUUGGAAAAAAUACUGGUGAUUUGUCUAAUACUGAUCCUCAGAAUUUUAUUUACGUAGAAUUAAAUGCUAUAUUACAGGCCAAUGCAGUAGUUCUUGCUCAAAUGUUUAAACUGUUGGGUAACCCAGAUAAAUUCAAACACUACAAUGACAUUGGUCACCGUUUCCAAGUAGGAAUAAAUGCUCUGUUGUGGAACGAAGAAGAAGGGAUUUGGUUAGAUUAUGAUCUAACUACUAAAUCAAGUCGUAAAUAUUUCUAUACAUCUAAUUUUGCACCAUUGUGGACAGGUAGUUACGAGAGAAAACUUAGAACAUAUUACGGUAAACGAGCAUUGGAUUACUUGAUUGUUAAUGGUGUUAUCAAUCAAGAUGGAACACCGAAACUAAUUUGUGUACCUACAUCGAAUGUUAAUUCUUCUCAACAAUGGGACUAUCCGAAUUGUUGGCCUCCGCUUCAAGCCAUGGUCAUACAAGGAUUAGAUCGUACGAAUUACAAACCUGCCCAAACCGUAGCUAUAAAUUUAGCCAAAUCAUGGAUUAAUACUAAUUACGUUGGAUUCAUUACCAGUGGUACAAUGUUUGAAAAGUAUAGUGCUCUUGAAGUUGGUACAACAGGAGGAGGUGGUGAAUACACACCACAAACUGGAUUCGGGUGGACAAACGGAAUUGUAUUCGAACUAUUCCGAAGAUGGGGACACAUAUUUCGAUCAACAUGAAUAUAAUGAAAACCUAUUGAUUUUGUAAACAAAAUUUGUUUACAUAAACUUACUAUUUUUGUAUUUUUUUCUU